UUAAAAUUAAUGGACGCGUGGUAAUUUUAAUAUAAAUGGAACACCUACACUACUACUGAUUUCACAAGAAGAUCGCUUGGCUACUCUCAAUUUGGAUGCCUCAACUCCGCUCUCUCUUUCGAUUCUCAUGGAUGUCGAAGAAGAAGAAGAAGCUGGAAUUGUAGAACCUUGUGUUGGUAUGGAGUUUGAAUCUGAAGAUGCUGCCAGGAAGUUCUACUCAGAGUAUGCUAGACGGCUAGGAUUUGUUGUGCGUGUUAUGCAGCGUCGUCGUUCUGGGAUUGAUGGGAGAACUCUUGCUCGUCGUCUUGGAUGUAACAAACAGGGUUUUUCUCCAAAUAAUAGGACUAUAGUUGGUCCUGGUCCGGACAAGAAGCCAAGGCCCAGUGCGCGAGAAGGUUGCAAAGCAACCAUCUUGGUUAAAAUGGACAAGUCUGGUAAAUGGGUCGUUACUAGAUUUGAAAAGGAUCAUAAUCAUCCUUUGGUUGUUACUGCUUCUGGGUUCUCUUCAUCGGGUGACAAGGAUAAGAAAAUUGAAGAGCUUACGAAAGAGUUGGAGCAUCAGGAGCAUUUAUGUGCAACUUAUCGUGAAAAACUAGUCAGUUUUAUGAAUAGCGUUGAGGAGCAAACAGAAGAACUGGCUUCAAAAAUUCAACUUAUUGUUGACAAUGUCAGGAAAGUUGAAUCAGAAGUGCAAAACUUUUCCCGCCGUAGAUAGCCCUGGUGUUUAACCUGGUAGAUAACAAAAAUAGAUGAGACAAGCCCCGGAGGGGAAACUGGAGCAGCCCAAAUGGUGCUAGGCCCUCAAGUCAUGCUUUGGAACUUCGUGGCUAUUGCCAUUAUGCCUGCCCAGAGCUGAAAUAUACACUUCUGGACACAGCUCUAUGUUGGUGCUCAAAAUAACAUUAAUUGGUGAGCCAGCAUAAAUUGAUUGCUGGGAUUCUUCCA